AUGAACAAUUUUGAAGAAAACUUAAGUUAAUGUAAGAAUUUGAAAGAUAUAAGAGAUAAAAUCAUAAAUUAUAAUAAAACUAAUAAUGAUUAAAUGAAAUUUAAUUUAAUUAAUCCAUCUCGAUUGGAAUAUUUUUAUAAAGUGAAUUAGAUAUUUAAAAAAAAGCAAUUGAAAAAUAAUUAUGUUGAAUUUAUAGAAUAGUUAAUAUGGCAAAAUUAUUAUUAUUAUUCUUUAAAAUUCGAAUAGAAAGAUUAUGAAUUGUAUUCUAUAUAAAAAAAGAUAGAUAAGAAAAUAUAAAUUUAUCAAACAGCUCAAAAACAAUUAUAAAAUUAUUUGAUAUAGGAAUUAAGAUUUUUAAAUUAGUUUCAUUAAAGUUUAUAUAGAGAUAAUUAUGAGGAAAUCAUAUUUGGAGAAAAUAUUCAAAAAGAGUAUGAAGAGAAAAUGAAAAUAAAUUUUUAAUAUGAAUAUUAUUAGAUUUUAAAAACUUACUUUUAAGAUUCAAAAAAUUUAGAGGGAUACAUAAAAAAAUAAAUUCAAAAUAAAUUAUAAUAUCUUUGGCAGUAACAUUAGAAAAUGAUUUUUGACUAAUACUUAAAAUAAGCCACAACAUUAAUUAUUUCUAAUAUAACAGAAUUAACAGGCAACUACCCAGUAGAGUAAUAAUUUUGA